CUCACAUAUCCUGUCAGACUGCUCCGAGCCCGGAUUACUUCCCUCUGCUGCUACCGGGACAGAGCUCAGGGGGGGCAACAUGUUGAAGUCAGGGUUCAAGGGUGAGCGCCUCCGGGUCAAUCUGAGACUUGCAAUUAAUCGUCUGAAGUUGCUGGAAAAGAAAAAAACUGAAAUGGCACUGAAAGCUCGGAAGGAGAUUGCGGAUUAUUUAUCAUGCCGUAAGGAUGAGAGAGCGCGGAUCCGGGUGGAACAUAUAAUCCGAGAGGAUUACAUGGUGGAAGCUAUGGAGAUCCUGGAGCUGUAUUGUGACCUACUCCUGGCACGAUUUGGAUUAAUUCAGUCAAUGAAGGAGCUGGACCCAGGUCUGGCUGAAGCAGUGUCUACUGUGAUCUGGGCUGCACCACGUCUGACAGAACUCUCUGAAUUACAGAUAGUGGCCAAUCAACUCUGCCAUAAAUACAGCAAAGAAUAUGGAAACCUCUGUAGGACAAAUCAGAUCGGAACGGUCAGUCAAAGACUGAUGCAUAAACUAAGCCCAGAAGCCCCUCCAAAAAUCCUGGUGGAGAGAUACCUGAUUGAGAUUGCCAAAAAUUACAACGUCCAGUUUGAGCCCGAUGCAAGAGUAAUGAGCGAAGUGCCUUCUGGAUUCGUUGAUGGAAGUCAUACAGAUUUUACAAAUAAUGAUAAAAAAGGAGGACCCGGCGGCUGGGGAGGUGGAGGUGACUUCAGCAGCAAUGCCAGGGGUCCAUAUCCCCAGAAAACACAGAUUCUUCCUGAAGUAGGAAUCUAUGAGGAGUGCACUUUUAUACAGCCGCCCCCUAGGGGAAAACCACCCACCCCAAGCUUUCCUCCAUCCUAUGAUUUACUGAAACCCCCUGGACCAGACCCACGGGUUUUUCCUGCGCAUGAUAUAGGUGCUGACACCAAACCAGGGCCAAAUUUCCCUGAGAAGUAUGACCAUCUAGCAUUACCGAAGCUUCCGUCAGUACCGGUCAGCCCCGCUCAUCUGUCACCAACAAACGACCCCGCUCCAUACGAGGACAUAGACUUUGAAGAUCUGUCAAAAAGAUUGGAGGACCUUAAGAAGAAGACGUAAGAACCGCGCAACUCAUUCAAAUCUUUGGCUCGGACCUUUUAUGGACCCUGGCCUAAAUCAGUCUUCGCGUUAUCAGAAGACCAUUCGUUACUUAUAAUCAAUCAAAAAAAAAUUUGAUUUGCUCCAUAUUGCAUCACAGUACCCACCGUCAGAUAACCAACAUGGUGGCCAUGAAUACCUUCCUUUCUGGUGGCAUCCAGUCAAGAUACCCAGAACAGUACAUCUAUUAAUGAGACUUUCUCCAUAAUCAUCACUCAUGGCCAUACAUCAUGGACCACACUGAGGACAGGCUUCUGAGGACUGGUGAAGCCGCCAAUGUCUUUUUGAUAGGAGCGCUGUUGGCAUCUGCUCCUAAAGCCCCAAUGCAAAAUCUGUAACGGGGCUUCUCAUUUACUAAUCAUAAUUGUAUCUUCUUAUGUGAUCUUCGGGUUCCAGGGCCCAGGUGUGACUGCUUCCUCUGCACCCCCUAUAGUUAUGCCCCUGGAGAAGUGUGUGCCACCCUGUUAAUACCGCUGCACCGCCCGCUGAUAAUACCGCUCCUGUAUUAUGUGACCGGGGGGCUCUUUGGGCACCUCAGGUGCGAUGACGGCUCCAUCCCCUAUAAUUACACCACUGGAUACAUGUACAGAUGUUUUGCUACCAUUGAAGUUCUGCAUUGAUCUAAAUAUGAUAUUUCUAUAAUAUUCUUAUACUAAUGAUAAAUCACAAUAAAAAUUUUAAAUAUUUAGCUUGAGCAUAUUAUAUUAUUUUUUGUAUCUAUAGCUCUUAAAUUUAUAGAUCUGUUUGUACUUUGUGGAAAUAUUCUUUGUCCUGAAAAUUACCAAUAAAGCAAACUG